AUGUUUUUUCAGAUAACAAAAUUCGAACGUGGUGAAAACAUUGGUAGGUUUAUUAUCAAAUUCGUUUUGCCAGAGGGCCACAAAGCUAAAGGCGUUUGUCGAGGAUCACUCAGAAAUGGCCGCAUUCGGCCUGUUAUUGAUUUUUCUGGAUGUACUGAUCGAAUGGCACAUGCUAGAUUCUGUCUACUCGAAAGAGAAUUAAAAGGAACACGUGCUUGCGUGCGAGUCAUUUCUUCAGAUUGGUCCGGUCGUGAGCGGCGGAUUUCUCUUUUCUUUCUAAUGGACUCGGACAAGAAACUGGAGCGCAAUUUGCAAUUCAAUGGUUUUUCUAACGUCGUUUCGAAGGAUAGCCCGAAGAAGGGUACGGAUUCGGAUGAUGAAGAUCGCGAAGAACUAGUUGGAGAAGGCUUGUUCGCUUUUGACGAAGAUAUCAUUGCGGAAAAUGAAGCUAAUAAUACAAAUAAAGAAGGAUUGCUUGAUGAAGCUAUAUCUGAUGAUUUUGGAAAUCAUGGCAUGUCUGAUGCAUAUUCCAAUAUCUUCGGAGGCUGUACAGGCCUGCGUGCGAGUCACCUAAGAGCGGAGGCGGCAGAUGCUGAUGGUAAUGGGCAGCUGGAACCGAUACAGAAAACCGUUGGUUCAUUGUUGUAUGGUACUUCGCUUCCGAUUACUAUUCCUGCUAGUCAUUUUUGUCAUCCCCGUUAUGAUCGUAAAGAAUUUGGAGAAAAAGGAAUAUUGGAUUCCAGUGAAGAGAACGUUUUUGAUGAAACAAUGUUGCAUCAGCGCCCUUCAAAGGAUCUCUUUAGUCAGAUGCGUGCUUAUGCUCGCUCUAUUCAGGCGGCUGACGAUCCAGAACGCCUGUUUGGUGAGCGUCCAUCGCGACGUCGUUAUGAAACGGGUGAGGGAAGGGUCACAUCUCAGGUAACUGAUCCUUUACAGGCAAGGGAUGAUGUUGAAUUGGAUACUACUGACUUAAGUGACCAUGCAUCACAUUCUUAUCAUGGUGCUAUUUAA